AUGGCUUUUUCGGCAUCAGACAUCGGCAUGCUAGUUAGCGAGUGCAUUACCAUUUGGAGGACAAUCAAGCCCCGUCAAAUUGCUUUGGACUACCUUGCCAAUGAGGUGCACGAGCUGGGCACAGAGCUGGCAGAUGUCAGGCAUUUGAGCCAGGACACAGUGGGGCGUUUGAUUGUUUUCAUGGGGGACGUCAAGUUGCUGUUCCGCCAACACACGGGCGCGUCGAGGACGUGCCCCAGCGGCAGGGUGCUCUGGGUGUUCCCUCCCUGCCUUGCCAGGCCCAAGACACCACGGGACCUGAUAGCUGAAGUGCAGAAGCUCCAGGCCGAACUGCACACUGAGGCAAACAUCAGAGAGAGUGUGGCGAUGCGUGCACAGAUCCCAAACCUCCUGAGCAUGCUUGCCCUGCGUGCUGUCGUCAGCAGCGAAAGGCUUAGGAGCGCAGUCAAGAACCUGGCGAUCUUGGCAACGGUUCCCGAAUGCGGGAGGAAAAUUGCAGAGACGGGCGGCAUCGCUCUUUUAGUAAAGGUUGUGAAGAAGGGCAGCCAGGGUUGCCAAAUCGAGGCAAUGAGGGCGCUGGGAAAUUUGGCACUUUCAUGCCCCGAGCACCAGGUGUCCAUUGCGCGUCUGCAUGGCGUGAAGGCAGUCGUUGACAAGCUCAUGGGCAAGCGGGUGUACCGGGAGCAGGCCCUUUGCUCCAUCGCAAACCUCACCGGUCUGGACGGGCGGAGCCUGGAAAGAACCUGGCGCAAGGUUUUCCAUCCCUUGGGGCGCUUAACAGAGAAAGGGAACGCGCCGGUGUGCAGGCUGCAUGCUGUACGCGCCCUGGCGGGCCUCUCCCGCAGGGAGAAGCUCCACAGGAGCAUGGUUGACAGUGGCGCGAUCCCGCAGAUGCUGGGCAUCCUGGACAGCGCCGACCCGGUCCUUGUCAACCUGUCUGUGAAGGCUCUGGCGCGCAUCAGCUUCAGAGAAGACUAUUGCCAAAUGAUAAGGGCGUCCAAUGGCAUAGACACCAUUGUGAGGAUCCUCACCAGCGAGCCGUUCCAUGGGCACUGUGUGGGGGCGGCGCUGUGCGUCCUCGCCAACCUGGCCGGCCUGGAGGACAGCCACGACAUCAGGCAGUGGGAGAAGGCUGUGCCCCCGUUAAUAAAGUGUGGGGAGUCCAAUGGGCCGGCGUGCCUCCGAAAUUCGGCACUCGCCCUGUCCUCCCUGUCGAGGUCGCCCUCCCUCCAGGAGAUCAUCCACAGGGGGGGCGGCCUGCCCGUGCUUGUGAAUUGGCUGUCUUCGGACGACAUGGCCUGUCGGGAGCGGUCGUGCGUCUGCCUGGCCAACAUGUCCACCACCGGCAACCUGGAAAGGAUGCUGGACGUGGACAGGGCGGGGGGCGUCUCCGCCCUUGUCAGCGUUGUGCAGACGGGCAACGCCGUGUGCAGGGAGCAGGCCUUCCGGGUGCUGGCGUGCAUGAGCUCCCAGAGGCCCCUCCAGGAGGUGCUGUUCAUGCGGGGCGUGGUGGGGCCGUCCCUGAGCGUGUUGGCGAACGUGUACAAUUCUCAGAAGUGCAUGCUGUAUGCGACGUACACCUUAGCGAAUCUGUGCUGGGUGAGGGAGUGCGUGGAGGAGGUGAGGGAGGAGAACGGGGAGGAGCCCCUAAGGCGGAUUGCCAGCUCCAAGCACCGGGUGGCCUCAAAGAACGCCACGGUGGUCUUGAAGAGGCUAUCCACGCUGAAUCCUAGAUACUGA